CUUAUCUUCCUUGAUGAGUCCAUCACACGUAUCUACGACCAUCUUCGUAAGUUUUGCCGUUGUCGUCGGUUGCGUAUGCAUUUUCAUCGUCAUAAGAGGAAUUUUUCCUCUGCCGGACUACAGCUCUCAGUCUGAAUCCGGAGGAGCCAUUCCUGAACCAAGUGAGCAUAAUACUGGAGAUCUUGAAGAAGAAAGUGUAGGAGGGGCUGAUGAUGGUGCUCAUGGAGAAGCAGGAGCUGAUUCCGGUGGUACCCUUCGAGGAGAUGGAGGGGGAGUAGUAGGAGAUGGCUCUGGUGGUGGUGGUGCUGCUGCUGUCAAUUCAUGAAUUGAAGAAAUAACGCAUUUAGAGUUUCCAACAUUGUCUAUCUUGCAUUGAGAACUGGAACCUGUACAAGAUGCUUUAUUAUAGGGAGAGGUACACGAUGAGAGCACAAGUCCCGAUGCUGACAACUCAAAACGGACUCCACACCAGCAGUCCCACCGAUUAUAGAAGACCUCAAUGUUGUGUAUAUGAAGGGCAGCAGUCCCUUUCCCUUAAAGCUCCCACCUUCCACAAUGAUGAAGUACCUAGACUCUUGAUAGUUGAUGUACCUAGACACUUUAACUACCUCCAUGUCUCCAUUGUCCAUCAACAUUUGGGAACGAGUUGAAGCAGCUUUGCCACCGAGUAUCUAAAUUCCUCUGAACGUUUAGACUGAUUACCGAAAUGUUACCCUGAGGAAUCUUCAUCAUCCGUAUCAACUAUCGCGCUCUUAUGGAUUUUGCAGGUUUGUAGUUUAUCCACUGAUUUUGUAGCUCAUGAACUGAGAGGACAAUACCCCGCAAUCUUCAGCCACCAGGCUCUUCGCACAAAAGCUUGCGGCUGAUCGGUUUCCUACCUUUCACCAGCUACUGUGUUCAUUCUUAAGUUACAUGUCUUGAAAGAAAGAAUUUACAUCCAGCUUCCAAGUGAAUUGUUUUUGUGAUCUUAAGGAAGCUCUGCAACAAGUACCAGAGACGGCCUGAAGCCAAUUCCACCCGAUCUUGUUCUUACCAGGCCCUUAAUUACCUCCUCUUCUGUUCUAAGC